AUGCGCUUCAACUUCGCCUCCGCCUUUGCUCUCUCGAGCCUCUUCCUCGGUGCCAUGUCCGCGCCCGCCGCCACCACCAUCGAGACGGACAUCUCGACCACCAUCACCUCGGAGACCUACUCCACCACGACGCAGACGGCCGCCGCUGCCGUCGGCGCCGGUGCUGGUGCUAGCGCCAACGCUGGAGGCAACACCGACGCUGCUGGCUCUGGCUCUGGCUCCGGCUCCGACACCUUCUCUGGCGAGACCACCGUCAUUGAUGUCCUCGAGACUCUGUUCGUCAAGAUCCAGACGCACACUGGCUCCAUCAACAAGACCGUCAGCGGUCUCCCCGAGACCCCCUCCCCGGCCGACAAGAGCGGCGCCCUCAUCGACAUCAAGGUUGACCUGCGCCACAUCACCUCCCUGGUCGCCGACGCCUCCGUCAAGAUCGGCGGCAUCAAGGUUGACGCCAACGUCGAUGUCAAGGCCAUCAUCAGCCUCGUCGUCAAGCUCGUCCUCGAAAUCGCCUGCACUCUGGUCAACGUCGUCAACAACCUCGGUGCCACCAUCGACCUUCUUCUCGGUGCUGUCAUCACCAUGCUCGUCCACGUCCUCGCCCAGCUCCUGCUCGUUGUCGAGGAGGUCGUUGGCGGCGUCCUGGCCACCGUCUGGGAGAUCGUUGCCUCCGUCCUUCCCUCCGUCGGCGACCUCCUGGUCGGCCUCGGCGCCAUCCUCUCUGGCGAGUGCGGCUGCGUCAAGAACUAAAUUGUUGCUCCUAUCCAGUAUCAAUAAGCACGCGCAUCUAAUGGCGAAGUUGGCGGUGGAUCGGGUCGAUGGAGUGUGGUGGUAGUAGUAGUAGUAGUAGUGGUGGAUGAUGGGCUGUGGAAUGGCGCGAGUGAGGACUUCGGUAAUAGCUAAUCACGCUCUGAUUACGGCAACGAUAGCGUUAUAGAGCAAAGGUACACCUAACUUGUAGUAGUGGUAAUUUCUUC